AUGGCCCCAUCCGCCGCUAAUGAGGUUGCGCAAGACUCGUCGACCGUCCUGAAGCGUCUCUGCACGCGGCUCGAAAACAAGACCUGCUUCGAUUGCAACGCCAAAAACCCGACCUGGGCCUCGUCCCGCUUCGGUGUUUUCAUCUGCCUCGACUGCUCCGGUUUCCACCGCAAUCUAGGCACUCACAUCACUUUCGUCCGCUCCGCCUUCAUGGACACCUGGUCGAAGACCGAUCUCGCACGCAUGGUCAACGGCGGCAACGGAAAGGCUCGUUCCUACUGGAAGGAGCACGGCUGGCACGACUUCAACGGCUUCCACGCUGAUAAGUACACGGGGCGCAUCGCCGCAAGCUACAAGCAAAAGCUUGAACGCCAAGUCGCUGACGCAGCCUCCGACUGGUCCUCUUCCCCGAAAACGCCGCCCUCGAACACCCUCUCAUCCGCGUUUGCGGGCGCGGCCAUUAACGACGCCCCUUCCGUCCGUCUUUCCCCGAAAGCCGUCCGACGAUCGGAGGCUGCCGCACAUCCCACCACACCCCCAAAGCCCCGCCAACCGGCCUCGAUUACUAUUGCCGCUCCCGUCGCCGCCGAUGGCGCUUCGAUUACCGGAGCGAGACGUCCGACGCGUCGUGCUGCAGGACUUGGCGCUCGUCGGAAGGCCUCCGCUACGCGAAAAACGGCCUCGACGGCGAUUGACUGGUCAAAGGUCGGCUCGUCGGACGUCCCUGCGGGCCCGGUGUUGCCGAAAGUUGCAGCGCAGAAGCCUGCUAGACACGUGAACGGGGUCAAUCAAAAGACAGCGGCGGCGCCCACGAAGGAGGAGAUUGCGGAGAGGUUCAAGGGGGCCAAGGCGAUUUCGUCGGACGAUUUCAAACCGCAAAACGGGGAUGCGACGCAAAACAUGAUGAACAGGUAUGGAAAUGCAACUUCGAUUGGGUCUUCGGACUUCUACGUGCAAUCGCGAUCCAGUAGUGCAAGGGCAACGAAUGAGCAGGAUGCCCUCGCCGGAAUGGCAGACGACAUUUUUAGAGCAGCGAGCGAGGGAGUUGCUCAGGCUGCGGAUGAAGUCACUAAUGCAUUUACUGACUUUUUGAAUAAGGGUUAUGCUUGAUGGACAUCCUUUUCUUUCAAAUCCUUAAUCGCAUGAGCAUAGCGCUUGGCGACUGUAACACCCUUAGCUGGGACGUGUGUGGCAGCUGCGGACCAGUUGCGUGUACCAUCGGUGCGUUAGAAGCACGGCGGGACAAAGGCACUAGAACCUUAGUCCGAUGUGAUCUGUGACUGGUCGUGAAUCGGAGCUGUUUUUGUUUGAGUGCAGGUCAAAAGUCUUCUUGUCCAUGUACUCACUAGGUCGGGUGCUGUAGUUUGUUCAAAACCACGUGCGACUCUCGCCGCUAUGGCACUCCUUCAGUUGGUGUGGACCAUCUAUGUCAUAAUAUUUUGAUACGGAAAAUUUGGAGGCUGCCCUGGCAGACGUCUGCAAAAGACGAGCAAAACUCCGUGAUAGCUUUUGACAUUCGCUGUAAACCUUUUGCGAAUUGCCAAUUGAA